AUGGCGACCGAUGAAGAGCAAGCAAACAUUAGUGUUCACUACGUUACGGGCUUCGGCGAAUUAGCCAGCCUUAUCGCUAGCGACGAGGAUCAAACCACUGCGGUGUAUAAGCGCUUUGACAAGCUAGCAGCACGGGACUUGCUGUACUAUGAAUGCGAGCUUUUGGAACUUGAAGCCCUCCAAGAUCAAUACGAUCGCGAGGACUCUCUCGACGCAAGAAAACCAGAUAAUGCCGAUAAUUUACAGCGGCGGAUUCGCACAAAUGCUCGAGAUUGGGUGUCGUUCAAACACCGAGCUAUGAAGGAAGCUGAGGCCAAUGACAAAAGUGAUGAGCGGUGGAAGAAGAGGAUGGACCUCGCGAUGGAGGUCCGGUCGACAUUGAAAGAAUACAGGGAAGCCCUCCUGCUGAACUCGACGUUGCUCACGCUCCGUCCACUGUCUAAGCAGACACUGACGGCGCUAUCCAACUACUUUCACCAACAACACGGCUUCGCGACAUCCUCCGCCAGCCAACAAGCAACAUUGCCGACUCUCUCAGGGGCGGGCUCAAGACUUUAUCCCUUGCCCGGCACUCCCACAUCACAGCGACCGAUCGACCUUGUCUCUGUUUCCCCUCAAACGCAUGCUGACCCGCUCGGCCGCAUCCUCAAGACAUACUGCUCGUGGCUUUUCCAGCCACGGAGCGCGCCUCCAUCAACAUUCUAUUCCUCCUCACCCUCGCUAUCAGCCCCCCAUCCAGCCAUGCCCUUAGUCACGCACCUCCACCCACCGCAACUGCAGACAUACUCACUCCGAUUUCUCUCAUUCGCUGCAUCUCUUAUCACAGCGCUACUUGUCUGUUCCCUACUGUUGCUGCCUAUCUACGGGCUGUGGAGCGCGUCUAGCUCGCGACUCGACUUGAAACUCGGCCUCAUCGCCCUGUUCACGAUAUUAUUCGCCUUCGCUAUCCCGCUCGUCACUAACGCCCGGCGGGCCGAGCUCUUCGGCGCCUGCGCCGCUUAUGCGGCUGUCCUGGUGGUCUUUAUCAGUGGGGGCCUGGGAGGCGAAGGAGGUGCAGAUAGGACAGAGGGGGCUGGAAGUAAAGGGUGA